CUUGCGCUGUGUCGACAUCUGGUGUUUGGACGACCGAAACGCGAUUGAGUUCAAUUGCGCGUGCAGCUCUCUUUUGGACAUGAUGCGGUGAUGUUUACAGCACAUUCCCUCAUUCGAAGGAAAGGGAUAAAGGAAGACACGCGGCACGACCAGUGCAAAGGAAACACGGAGGAAGGGCAUUCGAGAUGAGCUUCAUGGACGGCCUCAUCAUCCUCUCUUCCAACGGCAGACCGCUCAUCACGUCUCGCUUCUCUUCCUCGUCGUCUUCUUCCUCGCAUGGAGCGAACAGCGCUAGUAGUGGGGAUAGCGACGCCGGCGCCAGCGCUAAUGGCAGCGGUUUCAGUGGAGCGCGCGCUGUAUAUGCCCGUAUCCAUGUAGACCGCUUCAAUGCUCAGGUCCUCCACGCAAUACAAACCAGCGCACAUGCCCGGCUUGCCCGACCUCGGCGAACUGUCGCGCCCGCUCACAAAGGUCCACAUCGGACCGAUCGGGCCGUUAAUGGCAAGGGAAAAUGCAAGGCGACGACAGCACAAGGUGGUUCUGGGGAUGAUUGGUUUGGAAGCGUCGUACUACAAGAAGCGUUUGCCGGGCAGAGCAUCCAGAAUGCCGCGCUCGAAGGGGCUGAUCCUCUCGGCAGGGAUGAAGCCGAGGAAGACUAUGGUUACGCUGGAGAAGAAGAGGAAGACGACCCAAAUGGAAUGUUAGCGCAACGGAUGCUUCCAGCCACCGACUACGAGCUGCCAAGGAUCCUCAACCUCGAUGAUGUGCCGCCCGUGCUGUGGGUCCACGGAGUACCGCCGCUGAAUGCCUGUGCGAAUGAGGGCAAUCCAUGGAGAGGGUCAGGGCAAAGCUGUUCCGUGACAAAUGAUGAAAAUAGUCUUCGGCCAGGCACCAGCGGCGCAGAUCAGAGACAAGACACACGGGUCGACUUGCUUGCGCCGACACCUGCGCCCUUGAGCGAUCAUGAAAAUAUUUGGCAAAAACAACAACAACAACAACAAGGGGAGCUUCCACCAUCCUCUGCAGCCCCUGCGCCAAAUGGCACAACUGAGGAUGAAGGGGAUCUGUGGGAUCCACUGGAAGCGCGGUCGGAAGAGGGUGGCACCUGCUUGAUACACAAGCGACACAACGACCUGCAUUUCCUCAUUCCGGUAUCUUCAGAGGUCCCGCCGCUUCUCCCGCUUACAUUCCUAUCACACUUCAUCCGCCUCCUUGUCACAUACGUGUCCCCGAUGCCUUCCUCCUCGCAAGUGCAAUCGGCGAACCAGGCGCACUUGCUCACAACGGAAACGAUCAAGGCAAACUUCGACAUCAUCUACGCGCUGCUCGAAGAGAUUCUCGACGAUGGAGGCGCAUGGCCACUCACCACGGACGAGAUGAUCCUCCGCGAAAUCGUCCCCGCCGAACAGGGUGGGUGGAGGCGCCGGGCGGAGGUCUGGGCGGAGAAGCUCGGCGCUAGGUGAGUGGCAUUGGCAGUAGCAGAGAUUCGCGCGGCUCUGGCUUUCUGGCGGCGCGCACAGAGUUGGGAAGACUCGGACUCGCGGUCGGCUCCCCAGCUAGCUCCUGCUGGGUUGGAGGAGGGGUGUGCAUACUUCAACAGCGUUUUUCGAUAUUUGGUUGAAGGAUGAAGCAUAUUUUUUUCGCUGUGU